GGCGGGAGGGGCGGGGCCAGGCGGGCCGCAAACCCAGGCCUUAAAGGCUGAGUCAAGCGCGACCUGGCCAGCACCUCGGGCCUCGGCGACCUUUGGAGAGAGAAACGUGCGACCGUGGAGUGCGCCUGCGCAGCUUUGGAAGCCGCAGGUUUUUGAGAUAUGAAUCCUUCAUUCUUCCUGACUGUCCUUUGCUUGGGAGUAGCAUCAGCUGCUCCAAAACUUGAUCCAAAUUUAGAUGCACAUUGGCUCCAGUGGAAGGCAACACACAGGAGGUUAUAUGGCAUGUAUGAAGAAGGAUGGAGGAGAGCAGUGUGGGAGAAGAAUAAGAAAAUAAUUGACCUGCAUAAUCAGGAAUACAGCGAAGGGAAACAUGGCUUCCGCAUGGCAAUGAAUGCCUUUGGUGACAUGACCAAUGAAGAAUUUAGGCAGGUCAUGAAUGGUUUUCAAAAUCAGAAGCAUAAGAAGGGGAAACUGUUCCAUGAACCUCUCCUUAUUGAUGUCCCCAAAUCUGUGGAUUGGACUAAGAAAGGCUAUGUAACUCCUGUGAAGAAUCAGGGUCAGUGUGGUUCUUGUUGGGCAUUUAGUGCCACUGGUGCUCUUGAAGGACAGAUGUUCCGGAAAACUGGCAAACUUGUUUCACUGAGUGAGCAAAACCUGGUGGACUGCUCUCGGGUUCAAGGCAAUCAGGGUUGCAAUGGUGGCCUAAUGGAUAAUGCCUUCCAGUAUAUUAAGGACAACGGAGGCCUGGACUCAGAGGAAUCUUAUCCGUAUCUUGCAACGGACACAAAUAGCUGUAACUAUAAGCCUGAGUGUUCUGCUGCCAAUGACACUGGCUUCGUUGACAUCCCUCAGCGGGAGAAGGCCCUUAUGAAGGCAGUGGCAACUGUGGGCCCCAUCUCUGUUGCUAUUGAUGCAGGCCAUACAUCCUUCCAGUUCUAUAAAUCAGGUAUUUAUUAUGAUCCAGACUGCAGCAGCAAAGACCUAGAUCAUGGUGUUUUGGUGGUUGGCUAUGGCUUUGAAGGAACAGAUUCAAAUAACAAUAAAUUUUGGAUUGUCAAGAACAGCUGGGGUCCAGAAUGGGGCUGGAAUGGCUACGUGAAAAUGGCCAAAGACCAGAACAACCAUUGUGGAAUCGCCACGGCAGCCAGCUAUCCAACUGUUUGAGCUGAUGGAUGGUGAUGGUAGAGGACUUGAGGACAGCACAUCUGGAGGAAUUUUGUUUUAAAACUGACCAAACCCUUACUGUAUAAGAUCAUACGCUUGAAUCAUUGAGGAUCCAAGUUGUGAUUUGAAUGCUGUGACAUUUUUAUAAGGGUAAAAUGUUACCACUACUUUAAUUACUAUUAUAAAUAGCUUUAUAAUGUUGAAGACUUAUUGCUUAACUCUAAGACUUUUGAAUUUUCAUUUUUUAAAAGGAUAUAUAAAACUCUGCCUUUUACAAUAAAUUUUAAUUCAAUACAUAAA